UCCGAAUACCAGCUGCAUUCAAAAUUUAUCAGAUAUCAUUCAAAGGUUCAAGUCCCAAUGGUCGGUGGCAGACUGGUAUAAAUUUGGGUUGUUCCACGAUGAGCAAAUUUCUGAUAUCAACGUCCAUUGGCUGACCUUUCCUCCACCAGAUGAUGGGCAUUUUUACGCGCUAGGGGUUUUGUAUAUUUUUCUGAUGAUCUUCGGGUUGACUGGGAAUUUUCUUGUGGUAUUUCUGUUCACCAGGUGUAAGACAUUGCGAACCCCAGCAAACACACUCAUAGUUAAUUUAGCAAUCAGUGAUGGGUUGAUGACAAUCAAAGCUCCUAUUUUCAUCUUCAAUUCCUUCAGCAGAGGACCAGCGCUAGGCUACAUAGCAUGUCAAAUCUACGGCUUCUUAGGGGGUCUAACAGGCACCCUUUCAAUCAUCACCCUAAGCGUCAUAUCCUUCGACAGGUACUUCGUGAUCAAGUACCCUUUGAACAGAAGCUUCUCUGCACUCAGGAUCAAGUUGUGUCUGGGCAUCGCCUGGAUAUACGGAAUUUUUUUCGCGAUGAUUCCGGUCCUGGAUAUCGGCUUGGGGAAGUACACCUACGAGGGGUAUUUGACGAGUUGCAGCUUCGAUUAUUUGACGGAAGACCGUUCCAUCAAGCGCUUUAUAUUCGUUUAUUUCGUGGCUGCUUGGGUCGUACCUUUCCACCUCAUUUCUUUCAGCUACUUCAACAUUCUGAAGGUUGUUACUAACAGAACCAUGUCACAAAGAAGAGGCGACUCCUUCAGACACGUCAAAGACGAUGACAGCAAGAAGCAAGAAAUCAAGCUGGCCAUGGUGGUAUUCGGCACCGUCCUCCUCUGGUUCCUAUCUUGGACCCCUUACGCUAUCGUGGCUCUAUUAGGAAUUUUUGGCCAAAAACACUUGAUCACCCCACUUUCCUCCAUGGUACCGGCUCUAUUCUGCAAGACUGCGAGUUGCCUCAACUCUUACGUCUACGCUCUAUCUCAUCCCAAGUUCAGAGCUGAAUUGAGGAAGAUUUGCUGCAGCUGCAGUUACUUGCAAAGGAGGAGGGAGAAAAAUAACAAGGUAUGGUCUUCGGAGAGUACCAGCAGUAAGAUUUGCACGCAUGUUUGUCAUUCAGAGUCAAACGUAGAUAUGGGCAUUUCCAUGGUAGGGGAACCUCGAAGUAUGGCCCACCCAACAAAACAAUUGGAUAGGCAGGAAACUGUAAUGGAGAUGAUCUGUCUGAGACCGAGUUUCAGGAAUAGACCCUCGAGUGUCAGGAGAUUGGCUAGAAGAUGGUCCUCUAAAUCUAGGAAGGAAGAAGACCAUCAAAAUGAUGAUGCUAUUUCCAGUUUUGAUAUGGUUUGUUUGGAUUGAAUUAAGUUGAGAAAAUGGAUCACUUAUGGAAUUCUCCAAAUUAUAUUGGUAGAACUCUCAGUAGUGACUUUUCUUGGGAAGUACAGAAGUGCUAACUACAUUCUCCCACACUGUACAGGGUGUUCCGAAAUUAGCCUACCAAACUUCACCUGCGGCUUCUACGACCAAAA